GCCGAAGAAAGACGUCCUCCUUGUCCCAGUCGUGGAGCGUCGCGAUACCCGGACGAUGGCGCCGGCCGUUUGCGAAGAGCCCAGUGAAGUUGCGGGUGGCGUUGCGUGAAGAGCGUCGCGACGCUCGCGAGGUACUCGGAACGGAAUUGACCGCGAUCGGAAAAGAGUUUGCGAGAGUUUUGUGAGAACAUUUUUGUGUCUUAGAUGGAAUCACAAUGAGUGAAUUUUUUCUUUGGGUUGCAAGUGCACAAUUAAAUCUGAUUUGGAAUAAUUAAUUCAGUCCAAAGUAAACUUGAACGCCGUUGGUCAAACAUCGAACCAUCAGUCCAGAGUACCUUUGUCCUAAGUAAAUAUUGGACGGAUAUAGAUGCUGCACACGUGUCGUUGCCAAGAAAUGAAGUGGUCGUGUCCGUAAACAUGCUUAGAUAGGGGAUUUACGUGUAACACGAGAAACAAUAGUGGCGAUUCGAUAUGGAAAUACUCAUUUUAUUAGUUGGUGUUUGGAUUGCUACGGUUUAUGGAGGAUUGCCACCAGUAAUAAGAAUAGGGGCAAUAUUCACAGAAGAUCAGAAAAACAGCAGCUCGGAAAUGGCUUUCAAAUACGCAGUCUACAAGAUAAAUAAAGAAAGAGAAAUUUUACCAAAUACUACUUUGGUAUAUGAUAUACAGUAUGUCCCACGAGAUGACAGCUUCAGAACAUCAAAAAAAGCAUGCAGACAAAUGGAAUUCGGUGUUCAAGCCAUAUUCGGACCAUCUGACCCAAUUCUAGGAGCUCACAUACAAAGCAUAUGCGAAGCUUUGGAUGUGCCUCAUUUGGAAGCACGAGUGGACUUUGAACCAGCUUCGAAGCAACUCAGUAUAAAUUUGCAUCCGAGCCAAGAGAACAUGAACAGGGCAUUCAAGGAUUUAAUGUCGUUUUUAAAUUGGACGAAAGUGGCGAUAAUUUACGAAGAAGAUUAUGGAUUAUUCAAGCUACAAGACUUGGUGAAAGCGCCCGGGGUGAUCAAGACGGAAAUGUAUAUCCGACAAGCCAACCCAACUACUUACCGACAAGUAUUGAGAGAAGUGAGGCAAAAGGAAAUUUUCAAGCUGAUUGUGGACACGAAUCCUAGAAAUAUUCAACAGUUUUUUAGAGCGGACAUAGAGACUUUUGAUUUGGAAGAUUUCAAGUAUAAUUCGGUUAAUAUCACAGCGUUUCGUUUGGUGGACGUGGAACAUUCAAAAGUUAAAGAAAUCCUAACUACUAUGGAAAAAUUUCAACCGAUUGGACAUGCGAUUUUGAAUAGAUCAGGCAUAAUUCAGGCUGAACCAGCUUUAAUGUACGACUCAGUUUACGUGUUUGCCAAGGGUUUAGCGGCGAUGGAUUCAGGACAUUCUAUUAAACCUACAAAUUUAUCCUGCGAGACGGAGAAGCCCUGGGACGACGGGCUGUCGCUUUAUAACUAUCUGGAUUCGGUGUCAAACUUGCACGGUAUAACGGGAAACUUGGAAUUUCAAGAAGGCAAACGCUCAAAUUUCAAACUGGAUUUAUUGAAGCUAAAAAAGGAGGAUUUGAGGAAAGUAGGCACGUGGACACCCGCCGACGGUAUCAACAUCACCGAUCCAAAUGCUUUCUACGAUCAAAACGCUCCGAAUAUCACUUUGAUUGUAAUGACAAGAGAGGAACGUCCCUAUGUAAUGGUAAAAGAAGAUCAAAACCUCACUGGCAACGCACGAUACGAAGGAUUUUGCAUCGACCUCUUAAAGUGGAUUGCUGGACAAGUGGGAUUCCAAUAUUCUAUAAGACUUGUUCCGGAUCACAUGUACGGAGUGUACAAUCCCGAAACGAAAGAAUGGAACGGUAUCGUAAGGGAACUGAUGGAAAAGCGGGCCGAUUUAGCGGUCGCCUCGAUGACUAUAAAUUAUGCAAGGGAGAGCGUAAUUGACUUCACCAAGCCCUUUAUGAACCUCGGAAUCGGAAUUCUAUUUAAGAUUCCUACCAGUCAACCGACAAGGCUUUUCAGCUUUAUGAACCCUUUAGCGGUGGAAAUAUGGAUUUACGUUUUAGCGGCGUAUCUCUUAGUGUCUUUUACCUUAUUUGUAAUGGCCAGAUUUUCGCCCUAUGAAUGGAACAACCCCCAUCCUUGUCAUCAGGAUUCUGAUAUUGUUGAAAAUCAAUUUUCGGUUUCGAAUAGUUUUUGGUUUAUCACUGGGACAUUUUUGAGACAAGGAUCUGGAUUGAAUCCUAAGGUCUACCAACGAGUUCCUGCUCACCUAUUCUCCUUCCUAACACCCCUAGCUGUAGAUAUUUGGAUUUACAUGGUGAUAGCCUACAUUAUAGUGUCGCUUACAAUCUGGAUAGUAGCCAGAUUUUCGCCUAGGGAAUGGAAAGAAAUGGAGCUUUGCCCCGAUUGCUUACAAAAAAAAUACGAAGAAAUUUAUGAAGACAAGUGCGAGCAUAUACUAAUGCUCACUAGCAACAGUGACUUAUCAUCUGGAAUCGGUAGUGACAAUGAUAAUGAUAAAAUAAGUGAUUCAGAAGAUCAGUCGUUUAUUCAGACGCAGCAAGAAUUUUGCGAUGGUUUGCAUCACGAGCCCAGGACAACGUUGGACGUUUUGGAAAACGGAUUUACCUUGGGCAAUAGUUUUUGGUUUGCCAUUGGAAGUUUGAUGCAGCAAGGAUCUGACUUGAAUCCUAAGGCUACUUCAACGAGGAUUGUCGGAGGUAUCUGGUGGUUUUUCACACUGAUAAUUAUAUCGUCAUAUACAGCAAAUUUAGCAGCUUUUUUAACUGUCGAAAGAAUGAUCACACCAAUUGAAAGCGCCCACGAUUUGGCCGAUCAAACCGAAAUUGCUUAUGGUACAUUGGAAGGAGGCAGCACUAUGACGUUUUUCAGGGAUUCCAAAAUUGGCAUCUACCAAAAAAUGUGGAGGUUUAUGGAAAGUCGGAAACCUCCGGUUUUUGUAAAGUCUUACGAAGAAGGUAUCACUAGAGUGCUGCAAGGCAACUAUGCUUUUUUGAUGGAAUCUACGAUGCUUGACUAUGCUGUUCAGAGGGACUGCAAUCUGACACAAAUUGGUGGACUUCUAGAUUCCAAAGGCUACGGUAUAGCAACAUCGAAAGGUAGUCCAUGGAGAGACAAGAUAUCGCUAGCAAUUUUAGAACUACAAGAAAAAGGAGUCAUACAAAUCCUAUACGAUAAGUGGUGGAAAAAUACGGGCGACGUGUGCACGAGAGAUGACAAAAGCAAAGAAUCAAAAGCGAACGCCCUGGGAGUGGAAAAUAUCGGUGGAGUUUUCGUCGUUCUCCUUUGCGGCCUGGCUUUAGCUAUACUGGUAGCCAUAUUGGAAUUUUGCUGGAACAGCAAGAAAAACGCUCAAACCGAUCGGCAGUCGUUGUGCUCGGAAAUGGCCGAAGAAUUAAGGUUCGCUAUGAGAUGUCACGGCUCGAGACAAAGACCCGCCCUACGUCGCAGUUGUGCUAGGUGCAGCCCUGCAACGACCUACGUACCGGCGGCGUUGGAUUUGCCUCAUCUUAACGGAGAAGGCAUAAUUCUACCAAUGAUGGACAUGAAAAAAUCCCCAGUCACCUACGACGUGGACACUUAGCGACGACUCCCCUCUGGGGGAUACAGCACCUUCGCUUGCGCCUCCACCUCGAUUCGGGAUUGUUGCGGCGGCCCCGCCACAGCGCAAAAGUCCGCAACCCUCAAUUACAAAACCAGCCAAUCAGGGCCCGACGUUAGUAACGACACUAUGAAAUGUGCCACUCUAGGACGUCGAUCGUCCAUACGUCGAUUUGUAUCGGUAGGCGGUGUAAAUUAUCAUGCAGAUAGUACGGGCGAUGGGUACUGCCACAGUACCGAUUCUUAUGGUACUCAACAGUGUGAUGUUAUAGUGACUCGUGGUGCUGGAGGACAAAUUUUAGUGUCUGGUACUGAUAUACCCGAUAAAAUACUGUGGAAGUUUGACGAUAUAACUAAUAAUCCAGAUGUUGUUACGGGUAGUACCACGAUAUUACCCGAUGCAGUCGUUAGCCGUACCACUACAUUGUGAUAUUAAGGUUAAGGACGAAAAAGGUUGUUUAGAUAAAAUGUAAAUAAAGAAGGUUUUAUAUGGGUUAAAUGUGACAUUAGGAUAAAUCAAAAAAACUUUAGGAAAUUAAGAUGACUGAGUAUUGGUGUAUAAAAAUAAUCAAAUUGAUUUUGUGAUAAAAAAAUGAUGGUUUGUGUUUGAUAAACUUAGCGGCAAUUUCCACAAAUCAAUAAACAUACAUAUACACUUCAUUUAACGGCACUGACCCGAAUUGAAGUUUUACCCAGAGAGAAGCAGUUUCGACUUUUUUCCUUUUUAGAUUCUUGGCAAAGGAAUCUGCGCGUCUUCCUUUAGAGCUUGGAAAUUUUAAAACUGAUUUACGUCCAAGAUAUUCUGUGCCAAAAAAUAAGAGCGGAAGAGGGUUUGAAUCUUUUGUCGCCGGCGUUAAUCUUGUUUUUAAAUAAUUUAUUUACAAGAAGUUUCAUAGAUUAUAUGUUACGUUAAUAUUUAUUAGUUAUUUAUUUCAAUAAAUAAACAUAUUUUAAAAG